AUGGGCAGAAUCACCGACUGCAAUCUUCGAAAAGAGGCCCUAUCCGCCCUCCAUCCUCCCGCGCUCAACGCGAGACUCGCAGAUGGAGCAAGCGAGAGGGAUGAUGCCGAUACGCUCAGCAUUCGUUCUCGUCACACACUCGGCGAUUUGGGUAGCCGCACCAACACCACCGCCACCACUUCCGACGAAGAAGAUGACGAUCCUUGGUCGGCGAUUCCUCGGCGGAUGCCUGCUUCGCUUUCCACCAGCAUGGCUUCUGGUUCGAUUGCCAUGCUGACGCGCGCACAACGGAGACAGUUGCUGUGGCGCGCACUGGCACAGUUUUUGGCACUAUUCGCUAUAUCUCUCGUCGGUCUGGCAGCAACACUAUGGCUCGCUUUACCAGUCAUCGCGCCAGAAGACAAACGAGCAUUGAGGAUGCCUCGCUCAUUCGAAGAGCUCCAGGCUCUCAACUCGGUGCUGGGACACUAUAGAGACUCGCACUUCUAUCGCGUUCUGCUCUCUUGGGUCCUCGUUGAUGUCUUUCUUCAGGCUUUUUCCAUUCCGGGAAGCAUGUAUAUGAGCAUAUUGGCAGGGGCUUUGUUUGGAGUCCCCUUGGCCCUCCCGCUCGUUUGUGCGAGCGUGGCGAGUGGCGCAACACUUUGCUAUCUUAUCAGUAGAACGCUCCGUCUCGUACUCCUGGCGCUUCCAAGUUGGCAGGCAAGAGUGGAGCAUUGGAGGCACAAGAUGGACCAACAUCAAGAUGAUAUCUUGUCCUACCUCAUCGUCUUACGAAUGAUGCCCCUCCCCCCGCACAACAUAGUCAACAUACUCUCACCACACCUCGGAAUCUCAAUCUCCAUCUUCUGGCUUUCCACCUUCGUCGGCAUCUUAACCGUCUCGCUAAUUCACACAACGAUAGGAGAGAAACUGGACGAAAUGACAUCCGCAGACGACCUCAACAUCGUCUCACUGCGAAACAUACUUCUGUUGCUCGGCGUAUGCAUAGCCGUGCUAAUCCCCGUAGCUGCAAGGAAGUGUAGUAAAGCACAUGCCUGGGAAAACGCAAUCGAGCCGUCUCAUGGUCCCCUGUAUUUAGAUGAACAUGAUGCAGAUGGGCAGGAGGAGCAAGAGCAGCAAGAGCAGCAAGAGCAGCAAGAUGAACAGCGAAUACCGUAUUCUUUGGGACAUCCUUCUCUACUGGGAGCAAGGUACGUAGACGUCGAAGAAGGAUCCCCGCAAGGGUUGGGUCGAGUCUAG